UUAAGCAGACAUAAACCCUAAGCCUCAGUUGUCGGACGAUUCAUAGCGUAGAAAGAAUGGGGAUGAAAUUAUUUGACGACGGCGGCUCCGAUUCCGAUGGCGGAGUUGGCGACAUAUCCAAAAUCGAAAUCAACGAAGAGUUUGCGAAGCGGUACGAGCACAACAAGAAACGUGAAGACUUGCAGCGAUUUGAGGAGCUCAAGAAGAAAGGUAUAAUCGAUUCCGAUGUUGAUAGCGAUGAAGACGAUGAGUCAUCUGAAGACGAGGAGGAUCUUGUCAAGCAUUCGAGCAAGCAUGAUUUGAAGUUCUUCAAUGCGUUAAUAAAGGUCAGAAAUCAAGAUCCUUCACUUAAAAACAAAGAUGCUAAGUUAUUUGAUUCGGAUAAUGAAGAUGAUGACGACGGCGAUGAGGCGGCGAAUAAUAAUAAGGAAAAGAAAAAGAAACCGAUGUAUUUGAAAGAUGUGACUGCAAAGCAUUUGAUUGAAGAAGGGCCUGAGUUUGAAGAUGAAGAUGAAGACAAAAAUAAGAACAAGAAAAAGAGUUAUUUUGAAGAGCAGGAGUUGUUGAGAAAGGAGUUUUUGGAUGCUGUUGCUGAUGAAAACGACGAAGGGGAAUUUUUGAAGGAAAAGAAUGAUGACGGUGAAGAAGAUGAUGAUGAUGAUCGUGAGUAUGAAAAGAAAUUAGACGAGUAUUUUGAAGAAGAUGAGAAGUUGGAUGAAAAUGAGAAGUUUUUGAAGGAUUAUUUCAGGAAAAAGAUGUGGCUGGAUAAAAACAAUGGUGGUAAUAAGGGAUUGGAUGAAGAUGGACCAGAUGUUAUGGAGGAUGAGGAAGAGUUAGAAAGGCAAGAAGAUUAUGAAAGAGAGUUCAAUUUCAGGUUUGAAGAAAAUGCAGGGGAUAGAGUGAUGGGGUUUUCAAGGAAGGUUGAGGGUUCCGUGAGGAAGAAGGAUAACGCUAGGAAGUUACAGAGGAAGAAUAAAGAGGAGAGGAUGGCGCAAGCCGAGUUUGAGAGGAAGGAAGAGUUGAAACAUUUGAAAAACUUGAAGAAGAAAGAGAUGAAUGAGAAACUUAGGAAGAUUAGAGAAACAGCAGGGAUUGGGGAAGAUGAAGUUUGCUUGUUAGAUGAACACGAUCUUGAAGAAGAAUUUGAUCCUGAAGAGUAUGAUAGCAAGAUGAAGAAAGCUUUCGACGAGAAAUUCUACAAUGCUGAUGAUGUAGAUCCUGAUUUUGGUAGUGAUGCAGAAGAUGGUGAAUUGGAAAAACCGAAUUUUGAUGAAGACGACGACUUGCUCGGCCUUCCAAAGGGGUGGGAUGAUCAAUAUGGCUCUAGUGAUGGGUUCUUGGCUGCUAGGCAAAGAAUCUUGAAAUCGAAGGUUGACAAUGGAGGGGAUGAGGAACAACCACAAGAUGAAGAAGAAACAAUUCCAGAAGAAGGCAAAAAGAAGAGAAAAAGGAGAAGUUCUCAAUUAGAGGAGGAGGUAAUUGCUAAGGAGUUGGAAGAGUAUUAUAAAUUGGACUAUGAGGAUACCAUUGGAGACUUGAAGACAAGGUUCAAAUACAGGACUGUUAACAAAAAUACUUACGGAUUGAAAGCAAAGGAGAUUUUAGCAGUGGAUGACAAGGAGUUAAAUCAAUUAGUUCCUUUGAAGAAACUGGCCACUUACAGGGAGGAUGAGUUCAUUGUUCCUCGUCAUAAGAUCAAAGAACAUAAGCAGAGGAUUAAGGCUCUUCUUAAGGGGGAGACAUCCGAUGGUCCCAACAAUGGCAAGAAGCAAUCCAAACAUGAUGUUGAGAAAUCAACUCAACAAGUGGAUGAUGCAGAAUCUGAGAAACCAAAACUUGAGGCACGAAAUGGAGACCAGAAAGUACUAUCUAGGAAACAAAGAAGAAAGCAACGACUAAGUGAAUUUAAGCUGCCACCUUCAAGGCUUCUAGCAUACCAGAAAAUUAAGGGUAAAUCCAAUAACAAAAGGAAACACUGAGCUUAGCGGGGCUAUCCUAUUAAAUGCAUCAUUGAAGAUCCGGGUUCUCUGAUUAAAUCAUGGUAACGAUGAUGAGCGACUUUUGGGGGAGCAACAUGAUGGUACGGCAUCACGAUGCCUUCUUCAAACUCAAUCCGGCAAGAUUCAAUUUUACAGGUAUUUAGUUAUAAUGGACAUGCAUUUUUAUCAAACCAAACUAACUAGGGGAUAAAAGGGCUUGAUCUUGUUCAAUCAUUUUUGGGAUAAUUGAUUUCUAGAUGAAAUUUCAUUAUUAGUUUUGGAUCCUGAAACUUUGUAAUUUUAAACCAGUUUUGAGUUGUGCUGAACCAUCCAUGGAAUAGAGGACUCUUGAAACUUUGUAU